CCCAUUAAACAUUGAGCUCGAGCACCUUGGUCUCCAUGACAGUCUUGUUAUUGUUGUUUAGUAGAUAAUCAUGGAUGGAUGAAGAAUACAACUGCUUUUCUUUCCAAUAAACCCUUCCUAAUAAAUCAGUCAACGAUAUGGUGGAAUAAUCAAAUUUCCGUUUCAUGUUCUCGGACUCUUUUCUCUCAUUCACACAAGGGUUUGCUAGGUCAGGUUCGGCCCAGCUCAGUGCUGGAUACUACACGUUUUCUCACAGCUCUGUUGUGAUCCGGUCUGUGUGGUUCCUGUUUGUGAAGAAUGAGAGAGCAGCGGUGGUGCAGCAGCAGCGGUCGGGUCCGGACACAGGAGGCUCGGAGUCGGAUCACAGGAUUGAUGGAGGAGAUGCGUCUGUAACAGCAUCAGGAGGAUGAUUUCACGAUACAGCCGUCGGCCUGUAUCUCACAGCCUAGAGAUUCGCGGUUUGUCCCGCAGCUGCCCGGACCAGCAUCCUCUUCCAGAGGAGGCAGAUGAUGAUACUGGGCAUCCUCCCAGACUUCUGCAUGAUCUACAGGAGGACAUGUCCUCAUACAGCAGGUCUGAGGAGUCCUCUGCAUCAUCCAUCAGAUCAGGAUGUCAGACACUCACCACAGAUGACACAGCGCAGUCUUGGUCUGGUAUCCAUAGUUACACAGGAACUGGCAUCUCUACAGAACGCAGCUCUGUCUUCUCGUGGGGCUACGAUGAAUUUGAUAAAGCCGCUUCCAGGCAGGUCCAGCAGAUGUUUGAAGAGAUUGAAGAACAGUUGUAUGAGAGGAAGUGUGAAACUCAGCUCAAAGGCCUGCAGGAAGAGUGUCAAGAGUGGGCUUCACGAUUCCCUCACCUCCGGAUCCUCGGAACGCAGCUGGUGUGUCCCACAGAUGAAGGAUUCCAGUGGUACGCCACCCCAGCUCACACUCCCAUUAUCUCCAAGGCAGGCCAGAGCAAAGAGAUAACCGCCAAUGAGUUGUGUGUGCAGGGUCGGAGGGCUGUUUUGUGUCAGCCCUCUGUGGAGGUGACCCAGCAUGUCACGCCCAGCUGUAACCAUGGAGAUGAGAUGCCCAGGGUGAUUGAGGCCGAGGGGCUGAUAGAAGAGUAUCUCGCCUUCGACUGCAGGGACCUGGAUGAGGAAUGGGAACGCGAUUAUGUGAACAGACGGCGAAGGCGCUGCCUGCCCCCUGUCUCGCCCUAUCGCUGUCGUCGGGAGGCGGUGCUUGGUCUGCUGUUUGAUGAUGUGUGGCGUGAGCUCAUUGGCUGGAUGGAGGAGCUUGUACGUAGGCAUUGGGAGGGUUUUGUGUCAGAUGAUGAGAAGAAUGCCGUGGCCCUCAGCCCUGCGUGCCCUGAUACCCAGAAUCCUUUUUUGCUGCUGUCCAAUGUCUCAUCAGUGCUUCCUCCACUGUCACAGAGCAGAACACAGCAGCUCACGGCCAGCUUGCAGGCCCAGAGCUCAAAGUCAUGGGGUUCAAAGCACAAGUCAAGACGGAAAUCCAAAAAGCAGAGAAAGUCAUCGACUACCAAUCGAGUGCCAGUUGGGGCGGCGGUUGCUCAUCACAAUUUCAAUGACCUCAUCAUGAUACAUGGCAUUCCACUUCAGCAAAGGAACCUGGGAACUCUGGACCGAAUAGCUCAAGACUCUGAGGAGAAAGUGUCUCAUCGUCCCGGGUCUAGUGUCAUUCCCACCAGUAAACCUCGGCCCCGUCGUGCACUGGAACAAAGCUCCUCCUCGUUGACUCGCCCCCCUCAGUCGGCACGGCGACGGAACCCACCUCCUCGCACUCUGAUGCCAUUGACAUCCAGUGUAACGCAGGCCAUCACAACUGGCUCUAUGGAAGAGGUGGUUAGAGGCACAAGAUUGACGACCGCCAGCGAUCGUUUGGCCUCUCCUCCAAUGCCUCUCAGUAGAAACACACUUCUCCCUCCUAUUGGCACAGGAGACACAGACCUCACCUACUCUGGACAGCACUCACGGCUUAUUCAGAAGCAGAGAGGCUCCUCGAGUCGUGCACAUAGUGCAGUGACCGACGAGGGUGUCAGUCUGCAGCCCCGAGACAAAAUGCACUUGCUGGACGUGUUUUCCAGACCCAACACCACACACACCUUUAGGUCAGACACCCCUUAUCGCCGUUCAUUUACUGGAAUAGACAACAUCGGUCAGGGACGCCCUGGCAGAGCAUCUGUUGGCAUAGAUUCUCUGGGAAUUGGUGUGACUGGAAUCAGUUUGGGUAUCAGCAGCUCCUCCUUUAUAGACUCAUUUUCCCAUCACCCCCAUGGCCACUUCCCCAUUGAGCAUGAGGAGGAGCCAGAUGCAAAAGCUCCGCCCCCAGUGUCUGUUCCAGCACGUUCCCACAACAGAGGCGGUACGACGGCACGCAGUAGCAGACCAGGGCUUUAACACAAAAAACAUGUACACACACACACGCACGCACGCACGCAUACACACAAUCUCCCUCACCUUCUUGAACCAAACGCACCUCAGCACUGACGCAACUUUUCUUCAGUACUGACAGAUGCUUUAUACGUCUGCUGGACUUUUGUAUGACACGCCAUUUGGGUGUGGACUAUAUUUAUGACCACAGUAGUUAUUAUCAAUAGUAUUGUUAUUCAUGUUGUUGUUUGAAAUUUUCUAAAACCCUAUUUUUGUAUAUUGGACUAUUCAGCUUCAUUUGGCUGCCAAAUACAGGAAACUGUCUAUCCAUUACAUCUGUAGAUGUACUGUACAUGCUGUACUGUAUGGAGUAACAACUUUUGGUUUUCCCUAAAGACGGGUCUAUGAGGCCUACAUGGAGUUUCUAUGCAGGUUCAUACAAGCUGGGUGUUUAAAUGGCCUGAAUGUUGCCCACACCCGAUUGUUCAAGACUAUUGGAUU